ACAAAUAAUAUUAUUGGAGGGUUAUUAGCAGCUGCCUUUGGAAAUAUAGUUGAAUUGAUUAUUUCGAUUUUUGCUUUAAUCCAUAAUGAAAUUGAGAUUGUUCAAACAUCUUUAUUAGGAUCAAUUAUUUCUAAUCUUUUAUUGGUAUUAGGAAUGUGUAUUCUUGUUGGUGGAUAUUAUUAUGAAGAACAAAAAUUUAAAAAGAUCACUGCACAAACUAUUUCAAGUUUGAUGACAUUAUCAUGUAUAAGUUUAAUUAUUCCAGCAGCAUUCAAUACGCUUAUUGAAAAUAAUGGAAAUAAUUCAUUAGAAAUAAGAAAAGAA